AGCUGUGAUCAGAACCACUUGUGUGACGACAUAGUGGUGACAGAUCUCAAAUCUGUAGCUACGGCUACGUCCCAAGACCGAGCGGUAGGAGAAAAUGGCGUUCACAUUCGCGGCCUUUUGUUAUAUGCUGGCUCUAUUGCUCACGGCAGCACUUAUCUUCUUCGCGAUUUGGCACAUAAUCGCCUUCGAUGAGCUGAAAACGGACUACAAGAACCCUAUAGAUCAAUGUAACACUUUAAACCCGCUGGUUCUGCCGGAGUACCUGAUCCAUGUCUUCUUCUGCGUCAUGUUCUUCUGUGCGGCCGAGUGGCUCACGCUGGGCCUCAACAUGCCGCUGCUGGCCUACCACGUCUGGAGGUAUAUGACCCGUCCAGUGAUGAGUGGGCCUGGACUGUACGACCCCACCACCAUCAUGAACGCCGACAUCCUGGCCUACUGUCAAAAGGAGGGCUGGUGCAAGCUGGCUUUCUACCUCCUCUCCUUUUUCUACUAUCUCUACGGGAUGAUCUACGUGCUGGUGAGCUCCUAGGCCGGUCGACACCCAGAGCUGGACGGUCUGCAUGUACAGUGGACACCCGAACAACGCUGACACCUUGGGGGAGGGUCCCGACCACUGGAGGGGGAGGAGCCACACACAAACACCGCCCACAGAGGACUAGAACUAACCCCAGCUCCGCCUCUGUACACGGAGCUGGGGGCCAUCUUGGCAAACGUUCAGCCCUCUGUCCCACAAUGCAGCGCUCCUUCUGCUAGCCCCGCCCUUUAAAUUCAAUGAAGGAACAAGAUUAUUAUUUUUUAACUGUGUGGUGAUUCGAUGCUUCCGAUUUUUUUGUUUUUUUUUACUGUUUAUUGAAUUUCCCUACUGUUGAACGUUUACAGUGAAGUUAAUAGAGGGAUUUGAGCAUUUAAGGGUCACGGUCCAUUAUGGACCUGCCGUUCUAGAAUGCUCCAAAUUAGAAUCCAAGCUUUAUAAAAUCGAUAUUAAUUGAACCACCUCCCCCCCAUGAUUCGUCAGACUAAAUUGAUAGAAAGUGUGAACAUUAAUCUCUCUCCCAUCCAUGCUAAGCUUGUGCACUAAAGUCCAGAAACUCAACGAGACAACGAGUUGUCUCAAACCCGAUCUCUUUUCAAACCAGAUUGUCCCUUUAUACCUCCUCGAAACCAGUGGGACACCUGAUUCAACUCAUGUCAUCAUCAUCCUCAUGACGCUGUCGAUGUUUAGUGUUCUUUGCGAUGAAACGGUCUGCUGCGACACAUUCAAGGCGAUCUGAGUAAAGUGAGGGACUUGAUGAUUUGGGAGUAAGGCUUCUCUUUAGAGGUUCUCUAGCUGGAGGUAGUCUCAGUACCCUGCCCGUCUGAGUGGUCCGCGAGAUGUUUCUGCGCCGACUGCCAACGUGCCGGACUGUCGACUACCUCUCCAGUUUAGGAUUCAUUCAAUCUCCAAAUAUUCCAACCUUUUGGGAGUGUGUAUUUAUUAUUUUUGCUUUGUACUUUGUCUUGUUCUGGCGCUGCCGUCUUUGGUGCGGGCGUUCAACACUCCUGGUUCUACACUAAACGAGCACCCCGGACCGCUGAUAUUCACUAGCGUCUCCUCCGUCACGGCUCGUCUUUAGGAAGGGCGUGGCAGUUGAGCGCAUCAUUUUUAUUUGAAUGUUUCUCUUGGACCCCACCGUGUUACCAUCUAGGAAGAACCAAGACUAGUUUUGUUUGAAUCAAAAUAAAAAAUCGUAUCCCACUA